AUCCGAUCCAAUUAGAGUGCUGAUUCUCUGCUGAUUCCGUGCGAUAGACAUAGGGCAGUGCUCGCCAUUCUGGUACAUAUGACACCGCCGGUACGGUAAGUACAAUUCCAUGGCUCUUUCCGUGACUUUGUACCUGAUCACUCUUUGCGCUAUCAUUGCCCCACAUACCAUACAUUCUAUUCCCCCUCAACCGUUGAAGUCACUCUCCCAAAGCCUCUUUUCUAACGCUUAUUCUCACAGGUGUUUUAUAGGUGUCUGACCUCUUAUGACUAGAGUAUCACUCCCAUGGCCGUCGUCGCAUCUCCAUCACUAGUUUCGAAAUUCCACCUCUCUCUGGAUCAGCGACUUGAUUCAUGGCACCCGCACUCUCAGAAGAGUGCCUCCAUGAGGUCGCCUUAUUACUAUCCACAAUUUCUAUGGAAGUUCUUCUUGAAUCCCAUGGGACCGAAAUGGUCUAAUCCAUAUCGCAUCCACGUAUACGAUGUCUUCAACGACGCACUUAUCGAGAUGCGUCGUAUCCCAAAGUCAAAGGGUGUAUUCGCACAUUUUGCUGGAGAACAUCUUGACGAACAUUGCUUAACCGCCCUGAAAGACGCAGAAGAGUCCUUCACGCGCCUCGAAUCUGCAGUCGAGAAAGCCCUGACAGCCCUUCUCAGGCGACUCUCAACUACACCUCUGGCAUCUUCUCGACGAGGAGACAUUCAUUUGGAUGCGCAAUCUGAAUAUAUGCUUCGCAAGUUCCUGAUCUUCUUGCGAUACCGGAAUAGCGAGCAAUAUUUGCGGAGUGUCGAUUGGGCAGGUACUGGAGGGCGAACAUUGCAUUUGUUUCCUCUGUCAAAGAUGACUAUGAUGACUAUGAUGCUGCAAAGCGUCCAGGCGUUUCUAGAUCAUGAUCCUGAUGCUUGUUCUAUUGAUGCGUCUAAAUCAUCGCCCAAAGAUAUUGAGGACCACUGUUGGAAACCGAUGAGGGAGACGCAUACAGAAUUGUCUAUUGGCAUAGCCUGUGAAGACCAGGAGUUUAUCAUAACUGAUCGCGGUUAUGGGAAUUUGGACGACGUCGACCCGGAUGGUUCCUGCGAUAAUUCGUACCAUCUCUUUUUCCCAUUGACGCCUACGGUUGCUGUCUAUUUAGUGACGACAGCACCCUCGUUGUCAUAUGGAUCCCUUUCGCUCAUCCAGUUAAUGCUCGAGGAUGUUGGUGAAGGAUCAGUGAAGCGCUCUCGUGAGGUGGGCGAGGAUGGCUUGGAGGAUGAAGAACCUAUUCUGAAGAAAUUACGCGUUGGAGGCGAUGUGGGAGAAGAUACCGAUACCCAAAUUGUAUGGGAUAAAUCAACUGCGGGGUCAAGUUCUUCGCAAGCGAAUUCAAGUGCGCGCGAUCCUUCUGAGGUGCUGCCGAAGAAGAGAUCAUGGGACUGUCAGCAAGAUGAGGUCGAUGAAGCUCCUGACAGGAAGAGGCUUCGAUUGACAGAGCGUGAAGACUCGGAAGGCAUCAGCGAGAGUGAUUCCGACACUCUCUGCGAUUCGCCUACAAUCUCCAUCUCCUACGAAGCCGAGUCCGUCGCAGACGUACACAUGCGCAACGCCAUCCUCCUGCGCACCUCUCCUCGAUACAUACUAUUUUCAUCCCUUCCCUCUCUGAUCACCUCCAUCACCGCCCUCACCUCAACCAACGCCAACUUCGAUUCCUUAAGCACGGAUGGUCUUCCUCUGAGUACCAGUCUAAGCAGACUGAGAACACUCUGUCGGAAGAAACAUAUUCGGGAAGGACUGAUGAAGACGUUGGUGUUGAAAGGGGACAUGACAGUGACGGAUUUGACGGACGAUGUGAAGGUAUGUGGGGAAUAUCCAGAGUUACAUGGCUCAUUUGCGGAUAUUUGGAAGGGGGAGUGGAAUGAGAAAGGGUUGAUGGGUGUCGGGGGCAUGAAGAGGAUUGUCGCGUUGAAAGUACUACGACAACAUAUGAAGAACAAUGUCAAGGAGAAGCUCCUAAAGCGGCUCAAAUAUGAGGUUCUCACCUGGUAUCGCCUCCGGCAUCCGCAUAUCAUCCAAUUCUAUGGGAUCGUUCGAUGGCCGCAAACGCUCGCCAUGGUAUCGCCGUGGUGUAAGAAUGGCACUGUUGUGCAAUACCUAAAAGAGAUCAAUCCGGACGCUGACCGGCUAGCGUUGAUUGCCCAGAUCGCAUCUGGCGUAGCGUACCUGCACAAUUUCGAACCCGUGGUUAUUCACGGCGACCUAAAAGGGAACAACAUACUAGUUGACGGAGCAGGUAGAGCGUUAAUCGCAGAUUUUGGUGUCUCGAAUGUCAUCGAAGACUUUGCUUCUUCAGGUUCUGGGUCGCUGGCAGAAUCUCUACUUGGAGGGGCUGUUCGCUGGAUCGCGCCAGAGAUCAUACAUAUCCUAGUGCAGGACAAUGGCCGUGUGCCAGAGUUGACCAAGGCUAGCGACGUUUAUGCCUUCGCUGCUGUUUGUCUGGAGAUCGUAACAGGCAAAUUGCCAUACCCUCAUCGCAGCAAUGCAUGCGUAGUCAUCAUUGAUAAGAUGGCCGGUGUCAAACCGUGCUAUGGUGUAUCUCGGACGCUGCAGUCCUGUCCAAGAAUGAGCAAUCAUACACGAGAAGAGUUCUGGGCCAUGUUGGACCAUUGUUGGAAGGACUGCGACCUGCGACCCAGUAUGUCUGAGAUGGAGGCAUUUUUUACUGGCUUGGCGAAUGCAGAGCAGCAGACAUCCGGAGUCUAGUAUGUUUAUACAUGGAGUGCCAGGGAACUGGCGUGUAGUCAUCGUGGCUAAGCUCGAUGGUAUGAGCCUAUCCUGUGGGUUCUAUAAGAUGACGACGGGGAUUACUUCAGUGCUGGUAACGGGAGCUGCCGCGUGCUUUACUGUUAAGAUGACGGUCGACAGUGAAAAGGCAGCAACAAGAGAUUCUGAUGGAAAUGAAUAUUAUCAAAGUGCCGCUUCACGUUGGGCGGAUCCUUUUCUUUCUAGCGUUCAUCAAAGCGUGCAAUGCACUGCGCGUGUUAACCUGCUUGAUUCGGACAAAAGACAAAUGAAGUCCCGAAUGGCAAUCGAUUUCUUGGACAGGAGGCGAAUUUGACCAGAAAAAGGACAUGCUUGAACCCAAGUUUGAACCCG